GGAUUCCACCGCCGGACAAUAUGAAUGCUAAGGUCGCGCUUCUGCUUUCCCUGCUGGCCGUGGCUGCCGCUGACACUCAGCCUGCUUACUCCUACGACGCCCCUUCGUCGGAGGAAUCGGUGGAGGCCAAGUACGACUUCCAGUGGGCCGUGAAGGACGACUACUCAGGCAACGACUUCGGCCACCAGGAGGCCCGCGACGGCGACGACACACAGGGGUCCUACUACGUGCAGCUCCCCGACGGCCGCCUGCAGAUGGUCACCUACUACGUGGACGGCGACUCCGGCUACGUGGCCGAGGUCAGCUACGAGGGCGAGGCUCGCUAUGACUCCGCCGAGUCCCGCGAGGACGCCUACGCCCCGCCCAGACCCGUGUACGGCUGAGGACGU